AUGUCGUUCGCCCUGCAGAUACCAUGUCGGCGCUCCCUUCUGGCGGCGAGCAUUCUUUCCCCGGCCAUGGCGCGGACAUUCACGAGCACCCGAGCUGUGUUCGUCAAGAAGCAAGAAUCUACACGCAGAGUCCCAUCCAAAAAAGCCAUGGCGGCAAAACUCAGGCGACGCGCAGCGAAAGAGGCGAGGCUGGUAGACCACUCAGACGACAUGGAGCUAGACUCCGCAAUCUCUGUUCUACGCGCAGCCGAAGUAUCGCGUCCUCAGGCAUGUUUUGAGCUCUUUGUCAAGGCAGAUUUGCGGGGAAGUGGCGGUGGUGUCUCUGUGCCCAAGGGCCGUAUAAAUAUCCCAUUCGAGCCGAAACCCAAAGCGCAAGACACCAUCCUGGUGUUUGCAGAGGGAAAGCAGGCGGACGAGGCGAAGCGCGCUGGUGCUCAGAUUGUAGGGGGGACCGAGUUAAUUGAAGGUGUUUUGAGCGGUCGUCUGAGGGCCAAUACGAUCCUUUGUACCCCAGCGCUGAUAAAAGCCAUCACACCUCGAUUAGGCCGUUUUCUGGGUCCCAUGGGGCUUAUGCCUGCUGCUCGCCGCGGGACAGUAACUGACGACGUCGAGGCCUACAUUCGACGCAUCAAGAGCAGCACAGAGUGGAAGUCGGACCGUGCUGGCAACAUACGCAUGCCAAUCGCUCGAAUGGACUUUCCUAUCGAAAACGUCGUCAAAAACUUCCGGUAUGUCAUGGACUCGAUAAAGAGAGUAACCGGGAACGUCAAGGUGCGAGAUGCAAGAGAAGACAACCAACGGAAAGUCAUCCCAAUCAAGAAAGUUACCCUGAGCACGAGAAGUACUCCGGGGAUACCAAUUUCCGACUACUAG